AUGAGGCCCGGGCUGCUGGCGCUGGCGCUGGUCUCCGUCCUGGCCGCGGCGCGGGGCGCGGGAGCCCAGGGGACCCCCGUGAGGCUCUGCGGCAGGGACUUCGUCAGGGCCAUCGUCUUCACCUGCGGUGGCUCCCGCUGGAGGCGGCACGUCGGCGACUUGGCGGCCCUCGACGCGGACGGCGAGGAUCCCCCGCCGCCGUCGGCCGAGAGCGGCGGCUUCGCGGAGCCCCCGGGCCACGCCGGGGAGCCGCUCCGUGCUGGGGCCGGGACCGGGGCCGAGCGGGGCUGGCGCGGCGCCGCGGGGACGUGGCCGCUGCGGAAGCGCGAGGCCGCCCGGCUGCUCCCCACGUCGUGCUGCAGCGUGGGCUGCAGCGAGCGGGACCUCAGCUCCCUGUGCUGACGGCGCGGCCCUGCGCGUUGGGGCACGCCGAGGGUUCAAGGCUGCACUUCGCCAUCGCGGCGCAAACCCGCGAGCGGCUGCAAUGACCCUUCGGGCUGCUUGGACGGCGCUUUACAACGCGCUUUCAGUGCUGUAGCGGUAAAGCGUUAAUCCUGCGUGCAAACAUCUCCUCCUCCAAUCUGUGCCCUAGGCUCGGCUUUGCAGAUGACGUGUAAUAA